AUGGAUCCUAACUUUGAGAUAUUUGACUCUUCGUCAUCCGAGGAGGAGGAGAUAAUUUUAGCUCUUGCUAUUGAAGAAGAAUGCUUGGGUAAUGAAAGAGACUCAACAUCGCAUCGUAGGUCUAUUCCCCGUCGUGCAUUCAUUCGAAGAAAUUCGCUUGAAGGUCAUCAACGCUUCUUUCAAGAUUAUUUUUCUGAGUCCCCGACGUAUCCACCGAAUUUAUUCCCCAGGAGGUUUCGAAUGCAACGUCAUCUUUUCUUGCAUAUUCAAGCCGAAGUCGAAGAAUAUGAACCAUAUUUCGUCCAAAGAAGAGAUGCUGCUAAAAGACUGGGUCAUUCCUCGCUUCAAAAAAUAAUUGUUGCAAUGAGAAUAUUAGCUUAUGGAGUCUCUGGAGAUUUUGUAGAUGAAUACUUGCAGAUUGCAGAAAAUACAGCAACCGAGUGUUUAAAAAAAUUCGUUAAGGCUAUCAUUGGCAUAUUCUCCCAUGAAUACUUAAGAUCCCCAAAUGAGAACGAUAUAGCUAGAUUGUCCGCAGUUGGAGAUAGUCGUGGGUUUCCUGGGAUGUUAGGAAGUAUUGAUUGCAUGCAUUGCAAAUGGAAAAAUUGUCCAAGUGCUUGGAAAGGAAUGCAUUGUGGUCAUAUUCACGAGCCAACUAUAAUUUUAGAAGUUGUAGCGUCAUAUGACCUCUGGAUAUGGCAUGCAUUUUUUGGAUUGCCAGGCUCCCAUAAUGAUAUUAAUGUCCUAGAACACUCUUCUGUUUUUAGAGAGCUUGUUGAAGGACAUGCUCCAAAAGUCAACUACUCAAUAAAUGGAAAUGACUAUUCGAUGGGCUACUAUCUUGCCAAUGGUAUAUAUCCUUCAUGGUCAACGUUUGUCAAAAUAAUUCAUGAUCCGCAUGGCCGUAAAAAUAAACAUUUUGCAACAACUCAAGAAUCAGCAAGAAAAGAUGUAGAACGAGCUUCUGGAGUGCUUCAAGCUCGAUUUGCUAUUGUGCGUGGACCGGCACGAUUUUAUGAUCGAUAA